UGGAGAGUAUCGCGAGAUCUUCGUUUGGCGGCAAGCUGGUGUCGAAGGUGAUGUGUAUUCUGCGGCCGUUGAAGAAGUUGUGUUAAGGAGAAAUUUUGACGUCUUUCGACGGGAACGGAGAGGUCAUUACUAUAUAGGCCGACACAACUACCUCUUAAACAUUAGACUUUAGGAAUGGGAACUUUACAAUUAAUUGAAGUUGAAAAUUUCAAGUCGUGGCGGGGCCGACAAUUGAUCGGGCCCUUCAUGCGGUUUAACUGCAUCAUCGGACCAAAUGGAUCAGGCAAAUCCAAUGUAAUGGAUGCUAUCAGUUUUGUGAUGGGUGAGAGAACUGCCAACCUCAGAGUGAAGCACAUCAAAGAUCUGAUUCACGGUGCUCAUAUACGGCAUCCUGUGUCAUCUACUGCAAGGGUCACCAUGCUGUAUCAAAGAGAAAAUGAAGAGGAGCUGUCAUUUACUAGAGCCAUUAUUGGGAACUCCUCAGAGUUUCGCUUCAACAAUCAAAUUAUUAGUCGUGCGGAAUACACAAAUGAGCUUGAGAAAAUUGGCAUUUUACUGAAAGGCAGAAACUGUCUGGUGUUUCAGGGCGCUGUGGAGAACAUAGCAAUGAAGAAACCUAAAGAGAGAACGCAGUUGUUUGAACAAGUUAGCAACUCAGGAGAACUGUCUAAUGAAUAUGACAAGAAGAAGAAAGAAAUGAUGAACGCAGAAGAAGAAGCUCGGUUCAACUACAACAAAAAGAAAAAUGUGGCAGUUGAACGUAGACAUGCAAAGCAUGAGAAGGAAGAGGCAGAUCGUUACCAAAUGUUGAUAGAGGAGCUAAAAGCAAGCAAGAUUCAGUUGCACCUGUUCCUUUUAUAUUAUAAUGAGAAGUUUAUAGAAAACAUCAACGAAGAUCUACAAGCCAGCAAUAAAGCUGUAAGUAGUCAGAAAGUAAGACAGGUUGCAGCAGAAGAAGAAGUGAGAACAAAGAAAAAAGAGUUGGGCAAACUUAACAGAGAACUGCAACAAAUUGAGAAGGAGAUAAAAGUUCAUGACUUUAAUCUGAAUGAGAAACGACCCAGUUAUAUCAAAGCCAAGGAGAACACAAGGCACUAUGUGAAGAAGGUCGAAGUAGCUAGGAAAUCUCUGAAAAGCUGUGAGAAACAAUACAGCAUUCAUCAGCAGGCAGUGAAAGAACUGGAGUUUGAGCUGGAUGAUGUGAGUAAAGUAUGGAAGGCUUUUGAGGAAGAAGCAGUAGCAGAAAUCAGCAGCAGAGGUCGUAGCAUGGAACUGGAGGAGAGCCAGAUUCAACAAUAUAAAGAACUGAAGCAAUUGGUGAGAAAACAGGUGUCCUCAAUGGCCCAAACAUUGGAGAAACUGCGACGUGAGCAAAAGGCUGAUCGAGACAAGCUGGAACUGGAUCAAAGAAACUAUAAAGAUUUGCAAAUUCGAAUUAAGCACACAGAACUGGAAAUAGAAGAUUAUAUCAAAAGAAUAGAAAAGCUGGAAGAAUAUAUUAAUACCUGCAAGUAAGUAAGUAUUGAGCAGCAGCAAGAUCUUAUAAAACCAGUCAAUGAACAGUUGCGAGAAAUUAAAGGAGCAAAAAUGAUGAUUGAUGUUGUUCAGUGUGUAUCACCUCAACUGAAGAAAGUGCUACAGUUUGUUUGUGGCAAUGGACUAGUAUGUGAGACCUUGAAAGAAGCCAGGCAGAUUGCGUUUGAAGGAGCAGAGAGGCUUAAAACGGUGGCGUUAGAUGGAACACUCUUCUUAAAAUCUGGUGUCAUUUCUGGGGGUUCCAGUGAUCUGAAGUUCAAAGCCAGGUGCUGGGACGAGAAGCAGAUCAGUCAAUUGAAAGAAAUGAAGGAGAAACUGACAAAUGAACUUCGGGAGUUAAUGAAAGUGAAUCGGAAGGAAGCUGAAUUGAGGCAGUUGCAGGCUCAAGCCAAAGGGACAGAAACUAGAAUGAGAUAUUCCUUCAGUGAUGUGGAGCAAACUAGAAAAAAAAAUCUGACAAAUAGCUAUAUGGAAAAAUCAAAACUAGAAAGUGGACUGGCAAAUCUGCAAUCCGAAAUGACCGUGGUGAGUUUGAAUAUCGAGGAUAGACAGGUGAAAAUGCAGCAGACUCAGAAUCAAAUGAAUGAAGUUGAAGAUAGAGUGUUUGAAGACUUUUGUACCAAGAUUGGUGUGGCAAAUAUUCGGGAGUACGAGGAUGAGCAUGUGAAGCAGUUAGAAGAAAUAGAUAAGAAAAGAUCAGAAUUUGAGAACCAGAAAACAAGGCUUUCAAUCCAACUUGAAUAUUCAUAUAGCCAAUUUGAAGAAGAUAUAAAAAAAAUCCAGAGGUGGAAGGAAACAAUUGAGAAAGAUGAAGAAGAAAUAGUGAAGUUAAAGAAGGAGGAGAUGGAGUUAAUGAAAAUUGUAGAUGAAGCCUUGGUGAUACAGCAGGAUCUCAAUAACAGACUAUUAAUUAAAAAGACACACGUCAAGGAUGCACAAAAGGAGCUUGAUGAAGUUAGGAAGAAAUUAUCUAAUAUCAGCAGGGAACUAGCAAAACUUCAGAAAGAACAUGUAUGUUUGGAAACUUCAAUAGAACAAAAAAGAUUGGAGAAACACAACCUUCUACUUGCCUGCAAAGUCCAAGAUGUACAGAUUGAACUUCUGCAAGGCAACCUGGAAGAAAUUAGUGAGGUUUUAAUGGAAGUUGAAAGUACCCAAGCUGCAAGAGCUGUCUUUGAACUGGAAGCUGCAUUUGAAAUAAACUACACCGGUUUACCAACAGAUCUCAAAGGCCUCACAUCUCUUAAGGACAUUGAGAUGGAGGAGAACAGAUUGAAUAAGCUAUUGGAAGAAAAGGAGACAAUUUUACAAAGAACUGCUGCACCAAAUUUAAGAGCUGUUGAAAAGCUACAAAAUACAUGGGAUAAGUUUCAAGAGUCAUUGUCUGCAUUUGAAACAAGCAGAAAGAAAGCUAGAAUAUGCAGACAGGAUUUUGAAUAUGUCAAAAGAAGAAGAUACGAUUUGUUUAACCAGUGCUUUGAGCAUGUCUCAGUGAAAAUUGAUCAGAUCUACAAGAUGAUGUGUCAAAAUACCAGUGCUCAGGCAUUUCUCAGUCCAGAGAACUCAGAAGAACCUUACUUGGAUGGUAUUGGUUACAACUGUGUGGCUCCAGGGAAACGAUUCAUGCCUAUGGAUAACUUGUCUGGAGGAGAAAAGUCAGUAGCAGCAUUGGCAUUGCUUUUUGCUAUUCACAGCUACCGGCCUGCCCCUUUCUUUGUGUUGGAUGAAGUCGAUGCUGCUUUGGAUAACACAAAUAUUGGAAAAGUUACAAAUUACAUCAGAGAUCAAUCCAGGAAGAACUUCCAAAUGAUUGUCAUCUCAUUGAAAGAGGAAUUUUAUUCAAAAGCCGAUGCAUUACUUGGAGUAUAUCCAGAGCAAGGAGAAUACAUGUCCAGCCAACUGUUAACCUUCGACCUUACCAGUUACCCAGAAAAUACUAGAAGGGAAGAGACACUGCAGCCAAGGCAGGAAGAGUAAUAGACCAGAGUUUGGUUCUGUGUAAAUACUUCAAAACACUACUGUCUCAUCUGAAUUGUUGUU